UGGAUGGUCCCCUCGGGACCAAUAAGGCGAGAUCCUCAAGUCGGGUAAAGGAACGGUACCGGCGAGUACCUCAGGUCAGUCUCAGUUAAAAUCUCUCCAUAGGUAUGCUGCUUUAAGCCAACCCCUCCCUGCCGAUGUCCCAGCACAUCGCAUCCAGCCUGGAGACUGGGUAUAUAUAAAAACUUGAAAACGGUCUCCCCUUAAACCUAAGUGGCAAGGACCGUAUCAAGUCCUCCUCACCUCCCACACCGCCGUAAAGGUAGCAGAAAAGGACAACUGGAUUCAUUAUACUCGUACAAAAAAAACCAGAAGUCUCACCAGAGCUCAGGAUCGGCUCCAACGCGAGCUUCCCUGACCUGGAAAAGGGGAAGCCAGAAGAAGACAACUGCGGACUUCGUGGGAGCACCGCACGCUCACCUGACCGCAACAAGGGUGAGCCAGAAGCAGCCGAAAAAAUAAAAACAAACACCUCCUGGACCUGCAGCCCGUUAGAUAACAUAAAACUCAAACUAACCAAGGUCCACUAAUGAACUGUCACCCUUUUGGGGUCCUGCCCAGCCCAGAGAGCACCGAACUCCAAGUACUGCAUCCUCUAGACACUUUUGGAUCAGCUAAAACAGAGCACUUUGAGACUGUAAGAUGUCCCAGAAGACCAGUUAUUGGAGCUGCAGGGUUGUGCAUACUGUUUGUGCUGAUUUUUGUUAUAAUAUGGUUUCUAUAACUAUGUUAUUUCUAAUCUUUCUCUUUGCUGGACAAAUAAGUCUCUCACAGGGAUCGGCUAUAGCUGCCAGUUGCUGCAGAUGUGCUAAUCCUGGUGCCCGAGGUUUUCCUGUCUGGAUAAGUGAUUCAAUCAAACUCUCUGAUAUAGACAGGAAGGUCAACAUUGCCCGACGGUAUCCUCCCUCACAUUGCUGUAGUUCAACAAAAGUUCGGGUAUUUACUUAUAGAACAGAAUAUCGUGUAAAGCCUAGCCACCCAGUUUUCAGACAAUUUGCAGAGUCUCCUCAGGCUAAAACUACUCUUAAACCUACUGUUGCCCAUAUCUCUGAUAAUAAUAUAUACCUCCAAUACGUUGAGAGAGCCGCUAAAGCAGAAAACCAAAGUGAUUGUUGGGUGUGCAGUCAUUUUCCUCUCCACACCCAAGGAGGCAUUCCCACGACUCCCAUCCCCUUGGGCCCCAUCGAGUCACUUUUAAACCCCUCUAAUAACCAAGCUUGGGACCAAAGUCAGCAGAAAUUCCUUUUGGUAAAGCCUGCUGUUGGAGAUUGGUGUUUCUAUAUAAACUGCUCAGUAUCAAACUGCAUUAAUUUAGGCACAAGCAUAUGUCACCACUAUUUUACUAGUUCAAGUGGAGGAGACUGGCGUAAUAAUAACACAGCAACUCCUACCUAUUGCAGCUCUUACAAUGAUUUCUACAGCAGCAAAAAUUUAACCAAAAACACUAAUCCUAUCUACACCCCCAUCUCCUCUUUAAAUAAUACCUUGUGGUAUUGUUUAUACACCGACACCUCCCGGGGACAAUGCUUCUUUAAUGAAACUGCAAAUCCUUCCUUUAAAUCAAAGGGUAAACGCGGGGUGCUAGGAUUAGGAAACGGGGGCCGAAUACCUCCUAAAUAUUCAAACCUCGCUGCUUUAAAAGGACAGUACUGGGUCUGUGGCUCCCACGCCUACCAUAAAAUCCCUGCCAAAGGAAAAGCCAUGAAAGCCUCACAAGAUGACCAGUGGGCCAUGGAUGAAUGGGAAAGAAUUGGAAAACAUGGAGAAACUAAAAGAGAAUAA